GAUGCCGCUGCGCUCAACGCAAAAUACCCCCUCCGCGGCAUCCUCAAGACCAGCGCCAUGCACAAACCACCUCAGACCAGAAGUUCACCAUUGACCAUGGUCUGAACGAGGUGUUUGAGUUCUUCAACACCGUUUUAGCAAGAACUACGUCCCCAACGUGCUGGACUCGCUUAGUGUCCUUGCGGGCACGGAUUUGAGAAAGGCCCAUAAGAACUGGACUAUGAACUUCAGACUGUGCGAUUAUAACCCCGAAACUGCGGCACCGCACUCUGACAACGGAUGCGGUUCGCACACGGACUACGGUACCUUCACCAUCAUCUUCCAAGACGGAACCUCCGGUCUCGAGCUCGAAGGCGCAAACGCACCCGGUACCUGGACUCCAAUCCCCGGUGACGCAACCGUAAUCCUGACAGACUGGUGUGCCGUCGUCCCGAGCGGUGGCCGUAUCUCCACAGCUAGACACCGCGUCCGUCGUGUUCUUGGUGUGCGGAGACUAAGUGCUGUUUUGUUUGUUGCGCCGGAUCUGGUUGUGCCGUUGAAGCCGUUGGAGGGUGUGUUGCCUGUUAGAAUGUUCUCGGAUAUGGUUAUGAGGGAGGAUAUGGAUGUUGAUACGUUUAAGCAGGUUAUGGGGAAGAGGUGGAGGUAUAGGGAGGGGAAUGGGGAGAUGAUUAAUGGAGAGGGUACUACGCAGGAUGGUGAGAUUGAGGCGUUCAUUUGGGCUUAGUGCCUCAGAUAUGGUCUAAUGUUGCCCCAAGAAUGAAUGAAUUUAUGCCACUGGCCUUGAGUCUCACUGUUGAUAUUUGCUGUCAAGUUUAGAGCGUCAACAACCACGAGUCAACUUAUACUUGCAACUACGCCAA